UCUUCCUAGCAAGAACAAGCUGUUUUGGCAUAGACGUUAACGUUUGAAAAAGAGAAAAAGAAAAUGUUGAAAUUUUGUUUGCUCUUGUCAGUCGUUUUGAUGUUCCAAGCCGGCCGUGCUUGCGAUGGUAAUAACGAGGCGGAGCAACUAGCGGCUGCCAGGCAAGAAUCCGACGAGUACUUUGCAAGUGCCUAUGGAUUCGAUUCGGCUCCGUGGGGAUCUUCUUACUACCAACCCAGCGCUCGCGUCCAAGGGUAUGCCAACCCGUACGAAGGACGCACUCCCCAAAAUAGGAUGCAACCCAACUAUAACCCUUUCAAGAAAUACUUCGCCAGCAGCACUGGCAAUGAAGAGAACGGUCAACCAGAAGGUCGUUUUGCCCUCGGUGGUUUAGGUGCCAAUAUUAUCAAUACUGGCCUUUUCAACAAUCGAUUCACUCCCGCAAAUACAUGGAGACCAUUCUCCAGUCUGUCCAACCGUAUUCCGGUUACAGUGAAUCCCAACUUCAACAGCCCACUAUCUAACUUCGAUGCCUGCACAUCCCCCAGCGGUGAUGCCGGUAUCUGUGCACCAGGAUCUGUCUGUUCGCUCUUCGGUGGAAGGCCUAGUGGUUCCUGUAUUCUAGGAAAAGUUUGCUGCAUCAAUGCUAUCACCACUUGUGGAGGAACUGUCACUUUGAACAACACGUACUGGCAAUCACCAUCUACACCCAUCAGUGUCCCAUCCACCUGUGCAUUGACUGUCCGGUUGGACACCAAACUCGUGGAACAAUUAGCAAAACCCAUUUGCCAGAUACGCCUGGAUUUCGUUUCAUUCACCACCGCCCAACCUACACUUGGGACUUGCACUGAUACUUUUAUGGUUGGCGGGGCAACUACUAGAGCCCCAACAAUAUGCGGCGAUAAUUCCGGACAACACAUGUACCUUGACGUCCCGUCAUCAGGUGUAACCCCUACGGAUGUCCAGCUCAUGUUCAAUUUCGCAACUGGAACGACCACCCGUGCAUGGAACAUCAAAAUCGCUAUGCUGCCUUGUGGUGCAUCGUAUCUUGCUCCUACUGAUUGCCUUCAAUAUUUUACUGCCGCUACCGGCCGAAUCAGGUCCUUUAAUUGGCAGGAUGCAACUGGGGCUCGCCAGCUCAACAAUCAAGAUUAUAACAUUUGCUUCCGAACAGAACUUGUUGCAUCGCAGAAAGCGAGCCAGAUUUGCGUGUCAGCUUGCACUGUCACUGUUGGUGACGCAUUUUCAAUAACUAAUCCAGCUGCUCAAGGCGUCGACGCUCCAGCCCAAAAUGCCCUGGCUGCAACCCUCUCUGCUGUGGGUACGACUUUCGUUGAUGCUAAUGCAGCUACAUUGGCGGUUUGCCUGUAUGACUUCCUCCUCAUUGCCGGUGGCAAAGACGCCAACGGGGUUGAGGCAGAUCGUUAUUGCGGCAAUCAACUAAACCCAGCACCAUUACUCUUCACAAAUGCACUAUUAACAAUUCCAACUCCUGGUGGUGCAACCACCAGUGUCCAAGUGUGCACUCCGGUCAAACCUUUUAAACUCACUUAUCGAACGGACGGCCAAGAAACAGCAGUUACCGCCAAUCCGCCUUCAGUUCCUUUUGCGGCUACAGCUGAUACAGGGGUCGCCAAUGUUCCAGGAAAUACUGGUUUCUGCCUUGACUACCAAGAGCGAUAAACAGUGAAUUUGAAAAAAAAAACUCUUACGAUAAGGCUCUGUUGCAGCCCCAUUGACAUUGAUGUUGUUUUGUUUUCUUUGGUGUUGGAAUUUUAAAGUAGAUCUUUCUCCUGGCAGUAGGCACGUCUCAUUUAUGGGUUCUUUAGCUUUUAUGGUCGACUCUAAAUACGCUCCAUGCUAUCUGUUACACGCCUAUAACUUUGCCUUUGAUUUUCACUUGUCAUUUUUGAACAAAUGAAUCCAAGAAAAAUGUUUAUGCAGAGAUAAAUGCAGCUUGCAAGCAUGUAAUCUUUGUCAUAAACUUUUGUCUCGACCUAA